AGUGAUGAACCUGGCCUGGAAAGGUAGGAUCGGAGACCGACCCACCAGGCUUUAAGAAAAAGAACCAGGCAACUAGAGCUCAUAUUCAUAACAGCUGACCCGCGAGGAAGGUUUUUUCAGUAGAUUUUAUUACACUCUCCAGAGCUGCCCUGUCUCGUGAUUCAAAGUCUCAAACCCCUUUUAUAAAUCCUACUCCCGGUGUCAGCUUUCUAUGCUUGCCACUGUCUGCCCCUACCUUGUCUCGGCAUCAUAAUCACCUUCCUUCGUCUGGCUCUUCAAUGCCAUACCCCACAUAAACAAAAACACUAAAACUCCAAUCUCUAACUAACAUUAACACAUCUAUCUUCUCUUUUUUAUCUCUCUCAAAGCAGUUUUCAAGGGGGAAACAAAGAAAAGAUGCACGCCAAGACUGACUCAGAUGGAACCAGUCUCGACACAUCAUGGCUGCCGAGGUCACCAAGAAGGCCAGUCUACUACGUUCAAAGUCCAUCAAACCAUGAUGUGGAGAAAAUGUCUUAUGGGUCAAGCCCAACCGUCUCACCACCACACCUUUACUACCAUUGUUCACCAAUUCACCACUCUCGUGAGUCAUCUACUUCAAGAUUUUCUAAUCCACUCAAGAUGCCAAGAAGUUUAUCUGCUUGGAAACAUAUAAGGAUUGAUGACCGAGAUGGUGAUGAUCAUGAUGGUGAUGACGAUGAUGAAAAAGAUGGUGGGGAUGGUGCACGUAAAGUGAGGUUGUAUUUCAUUGGGUUAUUGUUCUUUGUUCUGCUGUUUACCGUGUUUUGUUUGAUCUUGUGGGGUGCUAGCAAGGCUUACAAGCCAGAAAUUUUAGUCAAGAGCAUGGUGUUCGAGAAUUUUUAUGUUCAAGCAGGGAAUGAUCAAACAGGAGUGCCAACAGACAUGCUGUCGUUAAAUUCCACGGUCAAGAUUCAUUACAGAAAUCCCGCCACCUUCUUCGCCGUCCAUGUCACCUCUACCCCUCUAGAAAUUCACUAUUUCCAGCUCAAACUUGCCUCUGGGCAGAUGGAGAAGUUCUCUCAGCCGAGGAAGAGCCGGAGGACAGUGGUGACAGUGGUGCAUAGUUCCCAAGUUCCCCUCUAUGGAGGGGUGCCCCAUAUUGCUGAUGCUAGAGAGCAUGUAAACAAAGUUGCAGUGCCUCUUAACCUGACAUUUUCCUUGAGGUCUAGGGCCUACAUCCUGGGAAGAUUGGUGAAGUCAAAGUUUUAUAAUCGUGUUAGAUGCACUGUUACUCUAACUGGUAAAAAACUGGGCAAGCCCCACAAUUUGACAAAAGCAUGUGUUUAUCUCUGAAUGAUGCACAGCUUCAAGGGGUUCGUAUUUUUACUUCUCAGUUGGUACCAACGGUUAUGUUUUGGCCUCGUUCUUUUGCCCACUAUGUUAUUGUUAUCUUCUACAUUUCAUAAGGUUGUCAGAUGGAUGUUUGGUGUAGAAGAAUGGAGCGAUUUAUGCUUCGUAUUCCGAAUGUAAAUUUUACUCCGUAUUGUUGCAAGGUUUUGAAAAGAAAAUUGGUGCUGGUACUUUCUGGGCUUUA